AUGGAGACUCAAUCGGGUGAAGUUGAGACCUUCGCCUUCCAGGCGGAGAUCGCCCAGCUUAUGUCCCUGAUCAUCAACACAUUCUACUCGAACAAGGAAAUCUUCCUCCGUGAGUUAAUUUCAAAUUCUUCUGACGCUUUGGACAAAAUUCGUUAUGAAUCUCUCACUGACCCGUCGAAGCUUGACAGUGGUAAGGAGUUGUACAUCAAAAUUGUGCCCAACAAGAGCGAAGGCACCCUUACAAUCAUUGACACGGGUAUCGGUAUGACUAAGGCCGAUUUAGUGAACAACCUCGGAACCAUCGCGAAGUCCGGCACGAAGGCGUUCAUGGAAGCAUUGCAGGCGGGCGCUGAUAUAAGCAUGAUCGGUCAGUUCGGUGUGGGUUUCUACUCGUGCUACUUAGUCGCUGACCGCGUCACAGUACACUCAAAACACAAUGACGAUGAACAGUACAUGUGGGAGUCCGCAGCCGGUGGUUCCUUCACCGUCCGCCCUGACCACGGAGAGCCCCUUGGCCGUGGUACCAAGAUCGUACUCCACGUCAAGGAGGACCUCGCUGAGUAUAUGGAAGAGCACAAAAUCAAGGAGGUCGUUAAGAAACACUCCCAGUUCAUCGGCUAUCCAAUCAAACUCGUAGUUGAGAAAGAACGUGAAAAGGAGCUCUCUGAUGACGAAGCUGAGGAGGAAAAGAAAGAAGACGAGAAGGAAGACGAAAAGCCUAAGAUCGAGGAUGUAGGUGAGGAUGAAGAUGAGGACAGCAAAGAUAAGAAGAAGAAGAAGAAGACCAUCAAAGAAAAGUAUACUGAGGAUGAGGAGCUGAACAAGACUAAGCCCAUCUGGACACGUAAUGCUGAUGACAUCACCCAAGAGGAGUACGGUGACUUCUACAAAUCCCUUACCAAUGACUGGGAAGAUCAUCUGGCUGUCAAACACUUCAGCGUUGAGGGUCAACUUGAAUUCCGUGCCCUCUUGUUCGUUCCUCGUCGCGCGCCCUUCGACCUCUUCGAAAACAAGAAGCGCAAGAACAACAUCAAGCUGUACGUCCGCAGGGUCUUCAUUAUGGACAACUGCGAAGACCUCAUUCCCGAAUACCUUAACUUCAUCAAGGGAGUGGUCGACAGCGAAGACUUGCCCCUCAACAUCUCUCGUGAGAUGCUCCAACAAAAUAAGAUCUUGAAAGUCAUUAGGAAGAACUUAGUAAAGAAAUGCCUUGAACUCUUUGAAGAGUUGGCUGAAGACAAAGAAAACUACAAGAAGUAUUACGAACAGUUCAGCAAGAAUUUGAAGCUUGGUAUUCAUGAAGACUCUCAAAACCGUUCCAAGUUAGCUGACUUGCUCCGCUACCACACAUCGGCCUCUGGUGAUGAAGCUUGCUCCCUCAAAGAAUAUGUUUCCCGCAUGAAGGAGAACCAGAAGCACAUUUACUACAUCACUGGUGAAAACAGAGAUCAAGUAGCUAACUCAUCCUUCGUUGAGAGGGUUAAGAAGCGUGGCUAUGAGGUAGUCUACAUGACCGAGCCCAUUGAUGAGUAUGUAGUACAACAGAUGAGGGAAUAUGACGGCAAAACUCUAGUCUCUGUAACUAAGGAAGGUUUGGAACUUCCAGAGGAUGAGGAGGAAAAGAAGAAGCGUGAAGAGGACAAGGUUAAGUUCGAAGGCCUUUGCAAGGUCAUGAAGAACAUCCUGGAUAACAAAGUUGAGAAGGUAGUUGUAUCCAACAGGCUAGUUGAAUCUCCAUGCUGCAUUGUUACUGCGCAGUACGGUUGGUCUGCCAACAUGGAGCGUAUCAUGAAGGCUCAGGCUCUACGUGACACAUCCACAAUGGGCUACAUGGCAGCCAAGAAGCACCUUGAAAUCAACCCUGACCAUUCCAUUGUAGAGACACUCCGCCAGAAGGCUGAUGCGGACAAGAAUGAUAAGGCUGUUAAGGACUUGGUCAUCCUUUUGUACGAGACUGCCCUCCUGUCCUCUGGUUUCACCCUUGAUGAGCCUCAGGUUCAUGCUUCUCGCAUCUACCGCAUGAUCAAGCUUGGUCUGGGCAUUGACGAGGAUGAGCCCAUCCAGGUUGAGGAACCCAGUGCUGGAGAUGUUCCACCUCUAGAAGGAGACGCAGAUGAUGCGUCCCGCAUGGAGGAAGUUGAU